CCAUGUGGACUUCGCGAACUGUCAACAUUGCGUUUCUCCAGAGGAGAAUCUACCGCUAGAAGCACUCUUGUUGUUGUUGUUUUUUUUACCGGAGGGGCGUUCUGGAACAUACUUUAGACGUCGUCGCCAUGAAAGUUGUUGGAUCUACGUGCGCGCUGAAGGGCAAAGUGGGCGGCGAGGACGUGGUGCGCUGCCUCUCCGAGCAGAGCCUCGCCAUCUCCAAGUGCAAGAUCCCGCUGCUGGACGAGCAGAUGAGCGUCUUCCUGCAGGACAUGAACAGCUGCUACAGCAAGCUGAAGGAGCUGGUGCCCACCUUGCCCACCAACAAGAAGGCCAGCAAGGUGGAGAUCCUGCAGCACGUCAUCGACUACAUCUGGGACCUGCAGGUGGAGCUCGACGAGCCGGAGAAGAGUCGCCAGCAGGCGGCGCAGCGCACGCCGCUCACCGCCCUCAACGCGGAGCUCGCCGGCAUUGCCGUGGAGAGCGGCUGCUCGGACGACAGGAUCAUGUGCCGCUAACCAUGACGUCAUGACGAAGCUCGAACUGUGUGCGGGGGGAGGGGUGUUUGUCAACAUUUACCCCCCAAGAGAGAGAGAAAGACUAAUCCGCGAGUUGCGUGGACAUUCCUCGCGUGGAGAAGAUGUCAAGGAUGUUUCUUCAAGGCUCCUGACAGAGGAAAGUGUCCACUCCAAGGCCGGGUUGCCCCCCCUCCUCCGAGUGUGGGGGGGAUUGGUGGACCAGGGACCUGCAAGACUCAGUUCUUGCAUCUUGUGCCCCAAAAAAAAACUUUAAAAAGGACGUCAUUCCACAAUUUUGUACAAAAAGAAAAGAAAAAGUGAUCAUUUCUCAGAUUCCUGAGCGACAAACUGUAUUGUAUAUUACAAUGACACAUUAUGUGAACAUAUUGUUUUCUUACAAUGUACUUUAUCCAAUGUUUUUUAUUAAAACAAGACAAUUAUUUUUCAACAAGAA